CAGCUCCUCCAAAAAAGCAUCGGCAUAGUCGGCAUGCACAUGCAGUUACUCAACAACGACCGCGUCGUGAUUUACGACCGCACUGACUUUGGCCUCUCCAACCUCUCCUUACCCAACGGUCGGUGCCGCCACAACCCAGAUGAACUUGUCGUGAAAACAGAUUGCACCGCGCACUCCGUUGAAUACGACGUGGCAACCAACACAUUCCGCGCGCUCUUUAUCCAGUCAGACGUGUGGUGUUCAUCCGGAUCUGUCUCCCUGGACGGCACCCUGGUCCAAACCGGGGGCUCAUACAAAGGAGAGCUCACGGUCCGGACCUUCCUCCCGUGCCCGGAAUGCGAUUGGGUUGAAUUCAAUCACUCACUCGUAGUUCCAAGAUGGUACUCGACCAAUCACAUCUUGCCCGAUGGACGACAUCAGAUAAUAAUUGGUGGAAGGAAGCAAUAUAACUUCGAGUUUUACCCCAAAAAUUCGAAGAUUAAAAACACCUACAGUUUGCCGCUUCUAGCACAAACCCAUGAUGUUGACCAGGAGAAUAAUCUUUACCCCUUUGUUUUCCUCAACGUGGAUGGCAACCUCUUUAUCUUCGCCAACAAUCGCGCCAUCUUAUUCAACUAUAAUAGCCGUCAAAUCGUGAGGACUUACCCUUCCAUACCCGGUGGAGAACCUAGGAACUACCCCAGCACAGGUUCCGCAGUUUUGCUUCCUCUCAAGAAUAUUUCACAUUCUUCUCAACCGCUCAAUGUGGAGGCCGAGGUCAUGAUUUGUGGCGGAGCUCCAAGAGGGUCUUAUCUAGAGGCUCAUGACUCACACCGGUUUCUCGGAGCUUUGAAUACAUGUGCCCGGAUCAAGAUAACUGACACGAACCCGAAGUGGAGCAUGGAGACCAUGCCGGGUGCUAGAAUCAUGAGUGACAUGGUCAUGCUCCCGAACGGCAACGUGUUGCUCAUCAACGGUGCCUCUGCGGGGACCGCGGGGUGGAAGUUGGGUAGAAAUCCGGUGCUGAACCCGUUUCUGUAUAAACCAAACUUCCCGGUAGGGUCCCGGUUCGAAGUGCAGAACCCCACCCGCAUUCCCCGAAUGUACCAUUCCACUGCCAUUUUGCUUCGCGACGGAAGGGUCAUCGUCGCCGGGAGCAAUCCCCACGAGUUUUACGAAUUUGGCAAGAACGUGUUGUUCCCAACAGAGCUGAGUUUGGAAGCAUUUUCUCCUUCCUAUUUGGAGCCUCGAUUCUCUGACGUGCGUCCCAGGAUUGUGUCCCCGGCUCCUCAACCUGCAACCAAAGUCAUGCACGGUCAGGGGUUGAGGAUUCAGUUUCAGCUGACAGCAACGUUGUUGGAUCCGAAUUCAGUGUCGGUGACAAUGCUGGCGCCGCCUUUCAACACACACUCGUUCUCCAUGAAUCAGAGGAUGCUGGUGCUGGAGACAAAUGGUUUGAGGAACGUUGGGGAAUCAAUGCAUGAGGUUGAGGUGAGCAUGCCCAGUUAUAACACACUUGCACCACCAGGUUUCUAUAUUGUGUUCGUGGUUCAUCAGGAAAUUCCAAGUGAGGGCAUUUGGAUCCAAAUACUCUGA